UAAAAAAGAAACAAAUAAUAUCAGUCUUGAAACUUUAUAAAUCCCAAGAAAAUAGGUGAAGUAGUUUCAGAACAAAAGAUCCAAAGAGAAAAACAUCCAAAGAAAAGAAAGAGGAAGAAGAUGCCUUCAAGCACAUUCUCUGGAACUGUUAGCUCGCCGAAGCUGUCGGUGGCAGUGGACAUGGGCAACCCUUUUCUCAACCUCACCGUCGAUGGUUUCCUCAAGAUCGGAGCUGUUGGAGUCACUAAAUCUCUUGUGGAAGACACUUACAAAGCCAUCGACAAAGGGAGUGUUUCCAAGAGCACUAUUGAGCAUGCGCUUAAGAAGAUGUGCAAAGAAGGUGUUUACUGGGGAUCUGUGGCUGGAGUUUAUGUUGGAACAGAGUAUGGAAUCGAACGUAUACGUGGCACUAGAGAUUGGAAAAACGCAAUGUUGGCAGGAGCUGCCACAGGAGCUGUGAUCUCUGCGGCUACUAACAAAGGCAAAGACAAGGUGGUGGUCGAUGCAAUUAUGGGUGGUGCUCUUGCAACUGCGUCUCAGUUCCUUAACAAUCAUUAUUUCUACUGAGUUCUCAAUCUUCUUAUCAGGACCAAGUUUGUUAUAUCCAAAUUUGGUCCUUAUGGUGUGUGGUUUCUUUGUUUGUUUCCAAUAAAAAGAUGUAGUACUUCUGUAUGAAUUGCAUUUUAGUAAUAUGAACGUUCAAAAAAUGGUCUGUGGUCUGGUCUUAAAACUCUUUGGCCAACUCCAGAGGAGUCUUGUUCAUUAAUUUAUUCUCCAUGUUUGGUGGUGUGAAGUUACAUAACGUAGAAUAACGAGUUGUUCGAUGUGUACAGUUAGCUAUCAUUAUAGUCAAAGAAAACCAAAUGAAUGAAUGAAAGGUUGGGAAUAGAGAUAAAGGUUCAUGAUUCUUUCUUGAUA